UAUGCGCGGUAGUUGCCUUCUCAGUACGUGGGUUGAAAUUUGACAGUUCAAUCCUUUGCGACCCAAGUACAUUUGCGACCCAAGUUCAAAUGCCAGUCAAUAAAUUAGACUCUCAAGCAGCAUUACCUUCUAGAACGCCCCAUAAUUCUGCCACAAACACUCUUAACUGGCCUAUCCUGCAUUUGAACCCUUCUAAGCCAUUGCCAAUCAUUUCCCCGGCAUACUCAACCACACGCAGCGCCCUCUCCGGUUGAACCUUUAGCUGCACAACCGUUGACGAUGAUGCUUUAAUUUCAACUCUUAUAAGAAUCUCUUUCAAUAAUUAAUAGCUUUUCCCUCAUUUGACACAGUUUCAUUUUUCUGCUGUUGUAACACAUACCUGCGUGAAGGAAGACUUACCGAACCAACAACGAUGAAUCAAUUUGCACCAUCUCAAAACCCUAACCUCUCGACGAUGCUCUCAUCUCUCAACAACCUAGUUACUCUCUCAAAGCAGAUUCUCCCAAUCUUACCCUCUCCACAAACCCUAAAUUCAAAUCUGAUACAAUGCCCUUUCAAUAAACACCACUUAUUACCCCCUCAAUCCCUUUUCCUUCACCACCUUCGUUGUCCUUCCUCUCCUCGUCCAAUUCCCGAUCUCAACAACCUCUUCCACUCUCUCACAUACCCCAAAACCCUAAACAACUCUCACUCUGAAAACCUCUCUUCCUAUUUGGACUUCACUUCCAACUUUUCCUACAGGGAUUGCCCUGGCGUCUUUACUUUCUCCGAUUCAGAUUCCAUCAACAGAACCUUUACCAUUCCCUCUUUUUUAUCUCUUGAAUGUGAAAACACACAUAUCAGCGAUUUGAAUUCACGAACCUCGCCGAUUCUUCCUUCUGAGUACUGCGCUAUCACUCGGGAACUGGAAUCAUGGAAUGAUUAUCCUUCUUCAUAUUCCAAUUCUGUUCUUCGCGCGAUUUUAUGUCUUGGAAUUUCCGAGGAAUGUGACUUGGCGAAUUGGAUUGUAGCGAAUUCGCCUCGAUACGGCAUCGUUGUUGAUUUGGCUAUGCAACAGCAUAUUUUUUUGCUGUGUUGUUUGUGCUUCAAGUCAAUUAUAAGAGAAGCUUCUGUUUCAGUGGAGAAGGAAAAUUUUCAGUUAGAGUGCCCUGUUUUGAAUCAGGCAUUAGCGUGGUUAGCAUCUCAGGUUUCAGUUCUCUAUGGUGCAAUAAGUGGAAAGUUUUUUGUUCUCAAUUUCGUGAAGAAAUGUAUUCUUGUUGGUGCAUCGGUUAUGUUAUUGUUUCCUUUGGGGGACGAGGUUGCUGAAGCUCCUCAAGAGUCCCAGAAUUCAGAUACUGUUGUCAGUGUGGAAAUCAAGGAUGCAAAACAUGGUGCUAAACAUGAAGAAAAGAGAAACUGCAUACAGAAUAGAAGGAUUUUAAUGCCCCAAGUUGUAGCAGCUGUUGCAGCAUUGCACGAGCGAUCUUUGCUUGAACAUAGGAUUAAGGGAUUAUGGUUUUCUCGGCAGCCAAGUAAUUAUCAGCGGGUUACUGAGCAUUCUUAUUUGUAUGAGAAAGCUAAUGAAGAGCGGGCAAAGCGUCUUGAUUAUAAACCUCUAAUUGAUCAUGAUGGGCUUCAUCGGCAGCAAUCAUCUAACCAGGAAACAUCUAGAGAAAAGACACGAGAGGAGUUGCUAGCUGAAGAAAGGGAUUACAAACGUCGAAGAAUGUCUUACCGUGGCAAGAAACGAAAUCAAUCAUUUACGCAGAGGAUGAGAGACGUGAUAGAGGAAUUCAUGGAGGAAAUCAAGCAGGCUGGAGGUCUUGAGAGCCCUGUAAAAGUUCCUGAAGAGAGUGUGAUGUUUGCAUCUAAACCUCCAUCCGGCCAUGACAUUCCUAUAGAAGCUAAUGAUUCAAGAAAAUUUAGUCAUGACUCACCUGCAGUGACAAUCAGUAACUCAAGUCACUGGGAACAACAGUCAUCUACUAACUACUGUGGCAAAAACAAAACUGUAGAUGAUGCAUUUACUAGAUAUUAUGGUGAACACAAACAAGGACAUGACAGGAGCCAUUAUUAUGGAGAAAGUCAACAGAAUGAUUAUCAUAGAGAUGUUUCUUUCACAAGCUCUGAAGGACGUGCAAGUCGCAGCCGAUCACGUGAGCAUAGCAUUCAUCAUAAGAAACAAGAUUAUACAAAUAAAAAGAAGUACGGUAACUCAUCAAGAACUAUGGAUAGGUGGCAAAAGGACUCACACAAGAAUUCUACUUCAUACUCUUCCCGGAAUAAUGCAUUUUCAGAUCGAUAUGAUCCUUCAGAAUCUCUUGAUAUCGAUGCUAAUUAGCAAUGUCUUGGCCAGAACUGCGAAGACACUACAUCUGCAGUGGGAAUAACUUAUCAAGCUUCAUCGAUUUUAUCUGUGUAUCCUCCGUUGUAUCCUUAACUGCAUCUAAGCACUUGGGGUGAUUUUAUUAUUGUUGUGAUCAUUAUUAGUGUUCUUUAUUUUUCCUCUGAGAGAAAAGCAAUGAAAUGCCAAUUACGGCAUCCGCAUUAAAAAAUAUUUCAUGGCCAGAUUUUUCUAUCUAAUUCACUCUAUUAUUGGUUUACUUACCAAAACUAAGUUUUUUUAUUUUAUUUUAUUUUCUUGAGUCAAUUGUGUUAUGUGAUUAUGUGCUAGGUAAAAUGAAACAGGCUGGAUGUUGUUCUACUUCGUAUGUUGAAUCAUUUAACUAUUGGGAGAGCAAUUAUAUAGGUUCCCAUAUCUUAUAUUGUGGACAAUAUAACGAGGAGGAGAAAUUUGAAGAGCAGUAUGACAAAACAUGAAGAAAAUUUGUUUUCAAUUAUUUUGACCCAGUGAACAUUUACCCAUUACCCAACCGUAGUAAUAUUUAAGUUGAAGAAUGAUGGGCCCUUCAAGUACUUAUAUAGGAGCAAAACAAAGGCUAAAGCCGAACAAAAGUGACUUCCGAAACAGAGGGCAAGAAUAAUAGCAUGAAUAGUAGGGGUGAGAAAGAGAUAGUUAGUUAUGAGAGAAUACACGUGGCAAGCCUUGAAUGGAGAAAGGGAUUUUGCAGAAGGAGGAGUUGGUAAUUCUGUUUCGGAGGGGAAAAUGGUAGUUGGUUAUGAUAAGAGGGAGGAACGAGUAAGGAAGGGGUAUGCAUGAUUUUCACUUAAUUGGUGUAAGGGAAAAAUUCCGGAACUGAGGUCUGGGGUCACGAGGCCUUAGAGGCUCCUGCGGAGUGUUCUUUAGUGAUAUUGUGUUGUAGUUGUUUUUCUGAAUUAUGUCUCUCAUCUUCUAGUCAUUAGUGUUUGAUAAGGAGCUGAGCUUCCAUUUUCAUAUCUAAAUAGAAUUUUCUGGGUUGCAUCAAAGAAUAAGUUAUGACAAAUCAAUUCAACCAUAGUUAAAAUUGCGUUUCUCUUGAUUUUCGAAUGUAGUUAAAAUUUGAAGGGCAGUUUGCCAAAGAAAGAAAGAAUAUUUUGAUUGUCAAAUAUUUUGACCGGAUAACAUGCAUCCACUAACCAACCUUAGUAGAAUUCAAGUUGAAGAAUCUUAAGUGAUGACAACACCAAACAAUUCAAUCGCCGCGAUGUGGAGCUAGUUAAAUUUCCAGUUCGCAAGCAUCAUGGAGUAAGGGUGGGUUCAAAGAUUGCAAAUAUAUCGUUUUGUUUGUUUGUUGUUGUUGUUUUUUUUUUUUUUUCAUUCAGUAUUUCUUUCUUCUUAUUUUUGAUUAGAGAGACUACUUUUUAUAUUCUGAAAUUUUGAAUACUACUGGACUGAAAAGCACUAUAGUAUCAAGGAGUGUAAGGAAAGAUUUCCAAAUCCAUUAUUUCUUCGUGGGCUAUCAAAUCAAGACGCUCUCUUGGUCUGACUUAUGAACUUUUAUUCAGGGAAAGUGGGAUCUUUAAUUAUUCACUUGGCCAGCAAUUAUCAAUAGCUACCCGUUCUUUACCAUUAUCAUUUUUGCAAGUUGCCAAUAUAAGCCAGAGGAUUCUACUCUAUAUACCUUCCCUUUAUCACGGCGAGUUUCAUUCUAUUUGUGAAUGUUCCCACAAAAAUUGGUGGCCUUAUGUGAAUCACCCAGUGCUUUAGUCCUCUUUUAUUCUUGGAGGAAAAGGAGUAAGCACUAAGAACCUCAAAUAGAACCUUGUGCUUAAUUUGCAUGUGCAAAUGGUCAUUGGUGUCUAACAUAUGUUGUGCCAUCAUAUGAUGACAUAGAUAGAGAGGAAUUCAUUGCAUUGUUCGUGACACUAAAAUUGACACUUUUAACUGCUCUGUUCGUCUGUCUACCUAAAUGGCUCAAUGCAGAGGGUAAAUUACCUUCUGGACAUAAAAGGGUGUUUGUUUGACAAAUACAACCAUCAAGACAACUGGAACUCGAGUGAUUGCACACCUUAUGCUGGAAGGGUGUCAACUGCAGCACUGGCUCCAAUCCAGUGGUGGAGUCUCUUGAUUGGCAUUCAAUGAGUCUCUUCAAGUUUUUUUGGCUCCUAGAAUUGGUGAUUUGGUUCACUUGUAUCCGCUUAAUCUGUCUCGAAUUUGAUUUUCUGCGAUUAUAUCCAAGGAAAAUGGAAACUGUUCAAGUUUGCAGGUUCAUGGUCUCAACAAUAAUCUGUUUGAAGGCCAAAUUCCUAUUGAAAUAGGCAGGCGUUAAGAUUUAACAGAAUUGUAUCUUUACAACACCGACUGUCUAGGUCUUUUCCAGGGGAAAUUAGUGGCAAUUGGAAACCUUUCUCAGUACAUGUUGCAUACGCCAAAUGUUGGGUAUGAUUUAUAUUUCGCAUACUGAUGAGGGUCUUCAUUGGCAGGGUCAGCAGGAAGCUAAUUGAGAUUUUACUCAUUGUAAUUUUAUUCAUGGGCCCAUAGAGGUCUGGUAUUGUUGUGGGCCUCUGAGUUGUAAUUUCUGUUACUUAAUAGUUUGAGCUUGAACCCAUGAAUAGCUGUUAGGGUUUUUAAAAUUCUAUUUAUAUUCUCCUGUAAACUGAGUGACUUGUAACGAGUGACGAUGAGGAGAAUA